UUGCUUGGGUCAAACAAAACUGGCCACGUGUCCGUGUAUUAUCUUCCAUCUCUGUCCGAUGAUGUCUGCGGAGCGUUGAAUCUGAACCGAAGAAGAAGAAGAAAACAGAGGAAGAGGAGGAUGGAGCAAGUGUUGGGGCUUCUGAGGAUUCGGGUGAAGAGAGGGAUGAAUCUGGUGCGUCGUGAUGCUCAUAGCAGCGACCCUUUUGUCGUCGUCACCAUGGGUCCUCAGAAGCUGAAGACUCGCGUUGUGGAGAAUAGCUGCAACCCAGAAUGGAACGAGGAAUUGACUCUCGCUAUCAAAGAGCAUCAUAAUAACGAACCUGUGAUUUUGAAAGUGUAUGACAAGGACACGUUCACCUCGCACGACAAGAUGGGAGAGGCGAAGAUCGACGUUAAGCCGUUUCUGGAGGAGGUUCGGAGGAUGGGUUUGCAAGAACAGCUCCUCCCAGAGGGGACGGAGGAGAUCAAGAGAGUUCAGCCGAGCAGAGACAACUGCUUGGCCGAAGAGAGCAGAAUUCUGUCCUGCAAUGGGAAGAUAACGCAGGACAUGAUUCUCAGGUUGACAAAUGUUGAGACCGGUGAAGUUGAGGUUCAUAUCGAGUGGAUCAGUGUCCCAAGUUCCAGGGGCUUCUGAUGCAGAUCUUGACCGAAAAGCUAUAUAUACAUAUAUAUAUAUAUAUAUGUUCAGACAAGGGUUUAGUUCACGAUAAGCAGAACAAUAAUGUCCCAUGAUUGUGUAUGUUUGUUACAAACAUCUUCUGCAAAAGACUUGUGUUUCGAUUAAGA